GGACAGGAUAUUGAGAUUUUGAAUACAGACAUUAACUCAAUAAGGGUAAGGCCCGAGUCUGUUUUCUUUAUUGUUAUAUUGACAGUACUUUGAACAAAGUCUGGCUCUUACAGUUGUUUGUCAACAUCUGCCGAAUGAAUUCAGAGGGGACAAAAUGUUUAAGGUAUGGGUGGGUGUUUGACAUUUUCUGCCUAGAUCCCAAUGCCACUCUUGUCUUUAUUGGGUACUCAUUACACAAAGCACCAUUGGCGAAGGUUGGAAGAGAAGCACUCUCCUACGAUUGUGGGUAGGAGUGGAUUUUUAAAGCUAUUUGGCAAUAUCCGUCAAAACUUAAAAUGUAUAUAGAUUUUAACUCCAAAUUUCUCUAGCUUACACCCAACAGAAAUAACAGCAUAGAUGUACAGCAUUGCCGUGUUUCUUGUUGAAUCAAAAGACUGGAGUGGAAGCAGGGACUUCAGUUUUCGCCUGUAAUCCCAGCACCUUGGGAGGCAGAGGCGGGUGCAUCGCUUGAGAUCACGACUGAGUGACACAGUGAGACCCUGUCUCAAAUAAACAAAGAGUUAAACGGGCAGCACGCGAACUCAGCUGACUCAGAGAGGCAGGUAAGAGCCGAGACCAAAGUGCAGGGGCCCAGCUGCAAAUUCAACUCCGAAAAACCCUGGACUCCGCAAACGUCUGGCCGCGGCUCUUGAGCUCUUCUAUUAAGUUUCGGUUUCUGAAGCUUCGUUAAGUUUCCAUUUCUUAAGUUUCGGUUUCUGAGAGCUCGGGCAUCACAUUCAAUUUCCAGUUUCCUGUUCUAGCUGGGGCUGGGGUACCUCCUUUAACAAAGACCGGCCGCGCCGCCGACUCCCAGGGCUGCCGCGGCCUGGCGGGCGCGCGCGCGCGCGCACGCGCACGCGCACCCGCCCUCCCACUGCGGGGCUGCCCUCGGUCCCAGGUGCUGAGGAGAGAGAGAGCGCGCGAGGGACUGCGCCGCCCUGACGGCCUGCAGAGCGUUGCCAUCAUGAGUGAAAUUCCUAAGGACCCCUUGAAGGCCAUUCUGUUGGAGUUAGAAUGUCAUUUUACAUGGAAUUUACUUAAGGAAGACAUUGAUCUGUUUGAGGUGGAAGAUACAAUUGGGCAACAGCUUGAAUUUCUUACCACAAAAUCUAGACUUGCACUUUAUAACCUAUUGGCCUAUGUGAAACACCUAAAAGGCCAAAAUAAAGACGCCCUUGAGUGCUUGGAAGAAGCAGAAGAAAUAAUCCAGAGAGAACACUCAGACAAAGAAGAAGUACGAAGCCUGGUCACUUGGGGAAACUAUGCCUGGGUGUAUUAUCACAUGAACCAGCUUGAGGAAGCUCAGAAGUAUACAGGUAAGAUAGGGAACGUCUGCAAGAAAUUGUCCAGUCCUUCUAACUACAAGUUGGAGUGUCCUGAGAUUGACUGUGAGAAAGGGUGGGCACUCUUGAAAUUUGGAGGAAAGUAUUAUCAAAAGGCUAAAGCGGCUUUUGAGAAGGCUCUGGAAGUGGAACCUGACAAUCCAGAAUUUAACAUCGGCUAUGCUAUCACAGUGUAUCGGCUGGAUGAUUCUGAUAGAGAGGGGUCUGUAAAGAGCUUUUCUCUGGGGCCUUUGAGAAAGGCUGUUACCCUGAACCCAGAUAACAGCUACAUUAAGGUUUUUCUGGCACUGAAGCUUCAAGAUGUACAUGCAGAAGCUGAAGGGGAAAAGUAUAUUGAAGAAAUCCUGGACCAAAUAUCAUCCCAGCCUUAUGUCCUUCGUUAUGCAGCCAAAUUCUACAGGAGAAAAAAUUCCUGGAACAAAGCUCUCGAACUUUUAAAAAAGGCCUUGGAGGUGACACCAACUUCUUCUUUCCUGCAUCACCAGAUGGGACUUUGCUACAGGGCACAAAUGAUCCAAAUCAAGAAGGCCACACACAACAGACGUAAAGGAAAGGAUAAACUAAAGGUUGAUGAGCUGAUUUCAUCUGCUAUAUUUCAUUUCAAAGCAGCCAUGGAACGAGACUCUAUGUUUGCAUUUGCCUACACAGACCUGGCCAACAUGUAUGCUGAAGGAGGUCAGUAUAGUAAUGCUGAGGACAUUUUCCGGAAAGCUCUUCGUCUGGAGAACAUAACCGACGAUCACAAACAUCAGAUCCAUUACCACUAUGGCCGCUUUCAGGAAUUUCACCGUAAAUCAGAAAAUACUGCCAUCCAUCAUUAUUUAGAAGCCUUAAAGGUCAAAGACAGAUCACCCCUUCGCACCAAACUGACAAGUGCUCUGAAGAAAUUGGCUACCAAGAGGCUUUGUCACAAUGCUUUGGAUGUGCAGAGUUUAAGUGCCCUAGGAUUUGUUUACAAGCUGGAAGGAGAAAAGAGGCAAGCUGCUGAGUACUAUGAGAAGGCACAAAAGAUAGAUCCACAAAAUGCAGAAUUCCUUACUGCGCUCUGUGAUCUCCGACUUUCCAUUUAAAUACACACUCUAGGAAAUUAGCUCUAAGUUUUUCCCUCCAUUUUGGGUUCUUCUUUUUUUUUUUUUAAUUGUUUUAAUCCAUUGUUUAUUAUAGAACUAAUAUUUAUUGAAUAGUUAUUGUGUACCAAGCAUUGUGCUAAAUACUUUAUAUGCAUUAUGAUGAAUCUUGUGUAGUUUUCUUUUUCUUUUUAAUUAAAAUACUAUAAUCCGUUGAGAAAUAGCAAUAUUCUAGCUAUUGUAACUUUUAAAAAUGGUAUGGCCAUUAGAUCUGAGCUUUUUAUCUCUGCUUUUUGUAACACUUUGCAGAUUACAUUUUGGCAAAUUUCUCAUAUUAUGUAGUAAAUAUAUUCCUAUGUAAACCUUUGUUACCUAGAUCAGGAAUACUCUUCCAGGAGUACAAAAUUACAUUAUUAAUAGUUAAGCUCUUAACUAUGUAGUUUGCAAAAUACAGCACUUUUUAGUUACAGAUGUUUUGACUUUGAUGAGGAUAUUUAGCUAUCAAUCUAAUAGUCACCUAAAAUAUCUUUUUUGUUGGAAAAAAGUUUAUAAUAAAAAAGUUUGUCAUCUCUAGUGACUUCAAUAAAAUGAAAAAACUAGAAGAGAAGAAAAAAGAUUUCCUCAAAUUUUAAAUAUGUAACUUCAGGGAUUCAAUUCCCAAAUGUUUAUUAAGUAGUUAGAAAUAAUUAUGUGGGAAAACAAUAAAUAAUGGAAAAUAGUGAGUCUCAAAUUGUUCUUUUUUUUUUUUUUACUAAAAAAAAUCUGCAAUGAAUCUAUAUGCAAUUAAUUUUAUUCCUUCCAGCUAAAAUUACAAUAUUUUUAGAUUAAAAUUAUUGAGAUAUAAAGCAGCCAUUGGGAAAUUGGGAGAAAUGAUAAACAAAUGGAAAAAGAAAUGUCCCUAACCUACCCCUAUAGAUUACCAAUAUUUCAGUGUACUAAUUUUGAAUCUGUUCUGAAUAGCGUUUUUAUACCCUCAAUUUCUGGCCUUUGACUAUUUUAGCAUUUCAAAGUGACUUCUACGAAGCUUUUUUUUUUUUUAUGUGAAAUUUUCAGAGUGUUGUUUUUUUCAUGUAAAUACUCCAGGAAGAGUUAAGCGUGGCUUUCAGUUUUAAUAUCCACCUUCAGGGGUUACUGCUUGAGGGCUUUUAUCCCAGGGGACUUUUUAAUUUGGAUGUUACUUAAUGUGGCUUAUCUAAUGUAGUUUCUUUGAUUAUAGACUACACAAUUAUGUACCAUCACAGUAUUAGUGGAAACGUACCAUGUGAUUUAAUUCUCCAUUCCUCCAAUGUAACUCUUAAAAUUAUUAUGUAAGUGUGUGUUUUACUUUUUGUUUUUUAUUAUUUUUAAAAUUUCUAUUAUGGUUUGAUUGUUAUAAAAAUAAUGAAUUCUCAUUGUAAAUUUCCAAAAAAAAAUUACAAAAAUAUGUGAAUUUAAAAAUGAGAGCAGUCCCCUUACCCUACCACAGUUUCACACCCUCAAGGUAAACUUACAACAAUUUGAUAUGUAUCCUUCCAGAUCUUUUUUCUAUACGUAGUCAGACAUACAUAUAUACUGCAGUGUAUCUCAUGUAUUAAUUUUUUAAUCUUUUGUUUUACUUAAUUCUGUUUAUUAUUAUUAUUAUGUUUGAGCUAUUAAGGAAGAACAAGGAAGGGAAUGAUCUUUUCUCAAGAAUUUCAGAAAGUCAGCACUGAAGUCCUGACCUAUCAGUAGACACAUUUGUCCCUUUGAAAUAUUUUAGGAUAUUCUAGCAAAGCAGGCCAUUUCUCCCACCUGAAAGUACAUAACUUCCAUCGCUUGCUACGUAAUUCAAAAAACUCACAUUCAGGGGUUACUCAGACAGUUAAUCAUAGAAAAGAUUAUUUGCUUCAUCAUUUAACUUGUUUUUAUAAAUCAGAGCUGUGUUCAUACACAGAAGGGGCCUGAGAUUUCUGCCCUUUAAACAAACUACCAGGUGAGGAUGCUGCUGCUGUUCUUCUAAUUACAUUUUGAGUAGUAAUGUCUACAAUAUUGUUCCUCAAACUUGGCUACAUAUUGGAAUCACCUAAAAAGUUAAAACAAAACAUGGAUGUCUGGGUCCCACCCCAUAGAGAGUGACUCACUUGGCAUGGGGUGCAGUCCAGGCAUCAUGAUUUUUAGAUUUCCCAGUUGGAACUUGUGCAGCAAAGUUUGGGAGCUACUGAUCUACAAUGUGAAAGGUAAGUAUAAAUGGAAUAAAAUUAAUUAGGCUAAUAGGCUUAAACCAGGAAAUCCUAAGUUCCUUGAAUAUCUGGUUUGCAUUUGGACUCCUCAUCUUGUACUUGAUAUAUAAUACUCUAAUAAAAGCUGCUGGAGUUGAAUUGUAUAUUGUCCUACACCUACCUCUGAAAGCUGCCCUUACCAACUGACUCAAAGUCUCUGAAAUGGGUCCAAAUCCUACUUAGUUAGAUGAACUCAUCCUGUCAAGCCUGAUAAGAAUCCUAUGAUUCCAGGCCCAAGUUAUUUUCUUGCCUAUUAGACAAACUUAUAAAUAUGCCCAGAAAAGUGGCUGUGAUUGCUAUUCAGGGUAAUUUGGCCCUUCCAGAAAAGAAGUGCUCCUCUCCAAAUCUUGAAGGUGCUCUUGGAAACUAUUUCAUUCAGCACUAAAGGUAGGCUCCCUGACUCAUAAAAGCUGAGAAAAGCCCUUUGAACAAAUGACAAAUCAGCUGGCAGAAAAACUGGCUUCCUAGUCAUGGAGCUCUUAAAGAUAUUUGCUGUCCUCUCUGAGUUCCCAAAUAGUCUUAGCAGUUGAUCACAUGCUAUCAGCUAGAGUUUCAAAAGCAGUAUAAACUGUCACUAUUUCUUUCUAGAUUGAGUCAACGAUGAAGAUUACUUCAGUUCAAGAACAACCUUGUAGACAACACAGAACUUUAAAAUCAGGAGAACCUUGAGAAAAUCCCUACUCCAACCAACUUUAUUGAUACGAAAAUUGAGACCAGGACUGGUGAUACGACUUAAGGUUUCACAACUAAUUUGUGGACCAUAAUUUUUUUCUCCUGGCUGCUGGUUCAGUAGCACUUACGCCCAUUUUAUAGUUUCUACCGGGAAUCAUUUGUUGUAGGCUAAACAUCAAUUGACAGAGUUUAUCUGGCCAUGAUAUGACUAUGCUUAUGUGACAUCAACUAUAACACAGGCAGGCCCAAGGAGAGUCCUUUUAUGGAAUAUGUUCAUUACUGAGAUUAAAGAACAUGACAGAACUAUAAAA